AUGAUGUGAUGGUAGAAGAUCUCCCACAGAGUAUCAUAGACAAAGCGAAAAACCUUGCGAACGGUAAAUGCAGCAAGGUAUAUGUACAACCAAGGAAUAGAGUGGAAGAAGAAAAGGGAGCCCAGAAGAAGUUUUACCAAUCGUUUCAGCAUGGAGAAAAGAGUAUCAUGACUGAUGAAAAGUGGAUGAAAGCAAAAAAGAGUGAAAAAUGUACCACCUGUGUCUUAAAUGAACUUUGCCGUAGGAUGAGUGCUGAAACCUUACAGCAAUUGAACAUCGAAUCGACGUUACCUGCGUAAGUACUUAAGUUCAAUCUGUGAUAUAUGAAAAAGUGCUCCUUAAUAUUCUCUUGCCCAGGGGAGGGGGUAUUUCGGAGUUAAAAUGACGGGGAUAAUCAAAAGGGGGCAACCGUGAUCAAUCCCCCCCAAAAGAAAAUCUUCCAAAAGCUUCCAACGAACCCCCGAAAAAAAAAAAACUGAAAAAAAAAUUGACCCCCCAAAAAUCCAUGCUUCUUUAUCAGGCAGAACUACGUGACCAGCAUAUACGCUUGGCAUGUCCCGAUUGCGCUGGGCACUUUUCCGAAUUUGGAGCACUAUUUUACAUUUCCAGCACUCUUCAGCAGAAUUUGAGCAUUUUUUUCGUUUUAUCGGGCAACAUUUAGGCACUUUGUUUUUUACAAUUUUCCACAUGUUUAAUAACAGUUGUAGCUAUACAGUGAUACAUUGAAGUCCAUACGGUUCUGUGCUGCUGUGGGAGUGCUUUCGAAACUAUGCUGACUUAACAGUUGAAGAGCUUGACUUAGUCGAUCUUGGGUUUAUAUCUUAAUAAAGAGAUUUUGUUCGGAAAACGUUAUUGGUGCAUGUUUCACUUCUAUGAUCACCCAUUAGAAAAUCGAGGGUUAAAGCCUUCAUAAAACUAAGAAUAUUUAUGAACAUCUGCUAGGAAAUAUUUAAAAAAUACGAGCAACUUUCGAGAACUAUUUCUAAAUUUCAAGCACUUUUCUGCCAUGUUUUGAGGACUUUUUGGCGAAUUCUCCAGCGCAAUCGGAACAAGCCUAAUACAGGCCCGGUACAACGCCAAUCUUCAGAUUGUUUUUAAUAACCUUAAAUCAACGCACCCCCAAAAAUACCCAAAUUUUCCUAACCAAACAAUUUUCGCCAAAAAAAAUUAACCCCCCCCCCCCAACCCCAAAAUCGUUAAAUCAACUCAGCCAGUUUAACUCCGGACAACUACAUCUGCUCAGCUCCUAAUAAACUCUCAUCAAGCAUUUUCAAAACCUUGAGUUAGCGUGAGUUCGAUUGAGUGUCCGUGAGGUCAGCGGUUUCCAUGAACGUACUCUGACUGAUCAUAGCUAACGACCAGUCACAACCUGCUUACCACAAACAAUCUAGAACCUUUUGAAGAGAUAAAUAAUAAUUACCAAAAAGGGUAAUGAUCACCCUUUUCGUAUUUUUCUUGUCUGGUUAUUAGGUCUGAAAGAGAGAGGAAGUGUAAAAUGGCAAUUCUCAGUCAAAAACUUGAUGUCAGUAACCCUGAACAGUCACCAAAGAUAAACUGCGAUAAAACGACGCCAUUUCGCACAAUCGACGGAACGUGCAACAACUUACAAAACCCAACCUUCGGAGCAGUCAAUACACAAUUUAAUCGUCUCAUAGCAGCGGAUUAUGGCGAUUCCAUCUCAACACCUCGCCUUGCGACGUGUGGAAAGGAGCUUCCGAAUGCGCGUGAUGUAAGUCGCUUUGUUCACGGCAGUAACAAAGACCGCACUAACCCAAAUUCUACCUUACUGACCCAUCUGACAAUGAAUUUUGGACAGUUCAUGGACCAUGACACAACGCUCGCAAAGCCGCAAGGGCUUAACUGCGAACCACCCACAACAAAUCCAGAGUGCAUCAACAUUGAAAUUCCCGAGGACGAUGCAACAUUCCGAGACCGGAAAGUCGAUAUUAUUGAAAUGGAGAGAGACGCUCUUCACGAACCAUCUUCUUUCUGUAAACUUGUCACCAGAGAACACAUCAACACUCUUACAGCUUAUGUUGAUGCUUCCAAUGUUUAUGGGUCAACGGAGGAAGUUGCUAAGUCAGUCCGGGUUCCUAAGCCUGAUGAUGCAUUUCUGAAAGUAAUGAAGCAUCCAGAUGGCAAGCCCUUUAGAAAUCUGUUGCCUCCGCAGACCGAAGAAUCCGGGUGUCCAUCUCUUGAUCCACAGAGGCCGUGUUUUUUAUCAGGAGACGAGAGGAACAAUGAAAACCCAGGUGAGAAUAAAUCAGCAUUGAUAGAGUCUAUAUAUGCUUUAUUAUCGAGACCCUCUAAGGUGGCUAGAUAUGUCCCUUUUAUGAAUUUCAAAACCUGUGCUUUCACAUUUUGAAGAAGAGGCCAUGUCGCUAUCGGUACUGAGCUACUGCAUUUGUUCCUCGCAAGCGCAGUCUGAACCCAGUGUGUCGCCACUUACGUCCCUUUUUCGGAGUCAUAUCGCGGAGUUGUGGAAUUUCCCAUAACAGGGCCUCAUUGCAUUAGUUGCCAGUGCCAAAACACCAGGCCUCAACGUCUUUAGUGAUUUAAAAUGGAACUGUUAAUUGACUCCAUUAUCAAGAAAGCUAAGAAGCACCUGUAUAGUUUAUCUCAGCUUAAACGCUCUGGCCUAAGUACCCGUGAGCUAGUUCAGUUUUUUCUGCACUUGCAUCCGCCCUAUCACGGACUGAAUGUCCUGUCUUUCACGACAAUCUUCCCGCGUAUCUCUCCAAUGAACGUGAGGGAGUACAAAACCGGGCCACGCGCAUUAUUUUCCCUUUCAGCUCGGGUAAAAAGUGCCUAAUCCACCCAUGAAACUUCCAGACCUCCGCCAGGAACUUGUAGACAAACUAUUUAAGGAAGUCGUGCGGAACAAAGAGAAUAAGCUCCACGGCCCUCUCCCUGCUCUUAAUACCUCUAGGUCGAGCCUAAGAAACACAGGGAAAUUUAGGCCUGUUUUCAAGACGAACAGAUUCCGUAAUAGUUUUUUUUACGUCCAAUGCCCUCAAGGCUAAAUAAACUGUGUUUUCCUAUCUACAGUUUUACAAUUUUCGAUUGGUUUUUAUUUUGUCAAAUUCUAUUUUUUUAUUUCCUAACAAAUCACAAUUUUACUCUAGUGUAUUCAUGCAUUGUUUCUAUGAUUCGAUUCUUACAUUUUUGUUUAUAAAUCAGCUUCUUAGAAGUGGUAGUAUUUUUCAGUUAUCGUAAUUGUUUGUCAAUAAUCGCCUAAUUCAACCUCUGGGUUGCGAUGUGAUUAUAAAUAAACUAUCUAACUAUCCUAUUAAUGCCACAAGCUUUUUUGAUCUUCUGGAGCCGAGAGAAAUUGUUAAUGUCGUUCUUUUUUUCUUCACCUAACCCUAGUAUUCAUUUGAUAAAUGUUGCUUUUUAAAUUGGAGAAGUUCAAGACAUGUGAUUUGAUGACUCGUAUUGCGGUUAAUGCCACCAUGAACUGAUUUCUGACCGGGCAAACUUCACUUAAAUGAGAAAACUUUUCUAGAUAUCUGAUAGAAAAGUAACAUAAAAGUCAACGGGCUUUUCUUUUUUUUUUUUCUCUGUACUUAUAUAUUUUUUUUAAGUUUUCCAUUCGACUUAAACUUAAAUUCCAGUUUGUCGAGAUCGACGAUAGGAGAUGCAAUACCGACGAAUCUUUAUAUUUCAGUUAUUUACUUAUUGGCUAAGGCCGAUAAAACUUACCGAGAUCUUGAUUAUUCCGGAUAUUACAAACUUAAGACCUUAUCCAAUACUUGUUUCAUUAUACACUGCUUUGUAGAAAUGACGACAAAAAAAACCGUUGCACGCAGAACACACUUUUGUCCUUGCUUUUGGAAAUCAUAUAUUGCAUGCAACCCACACAUUAGUCAGUUAACUAACUAAUCUUCAGGGGCACCCAACGACUGUUUUCUUUCAAAAUAUCUGUUCGGAGAAGCAAAUAUUGCCUAGAAUUUUCUAUUACUUGAGGGCGGCUAAAAAUUUCUUGAUGAGCGUUCCAUUUAAGUACAAUUUUCGAAGCUUAUCUAAAAAAUUCCCUACUAUUUUCUGAAGUUUAAUUUUUCAUAUUUUACUCCUAAUGUUAGGCUAAUUUUCUUAGAAAAAGGAAAACUAAAAUUUCCGGAUUCAAAAAUGUGAUGGAGAGAGGAAUAACAAAAAUUCCCACUUUCGUAAAACGCUCAAUUGCAUCUAAUAUUUUCGGGAAAAGAACAUUGAAGUCCUGGCUUGUAAUUUGGAAAAGCCACAAGUUCCCCUGUAGGAUGACCGAACUGACACAAAUUUUAUAGCGCCGCCGAGAAUGCAUUUUAAAUUACUUUGAUAGCCUAAAAAGACUUUUCAAUGCAUUUAGGAGGAAACUGUCGUUGGGUGCCCCUGAAUCUUUAGGUUGCACUGAUUGUAUAUACGUAGCCUUUAGCCAUUGAGAGGAGUGAUAGUGAGUGCAAUGUAUAAUAAGAUGUCUUAUCUUACAGGUCUCAAUUCAGUCCAUACUAUCUUCGUUCGACAGCACAACCGAAUAGCCACAUUUUUACUCAACAACAAUAAUGCUAAUAGAUGGGAAAAAGACAGGAUUUUCGAUGAGACCAGGAAAAUCAUCGGGGCGCAACUGCAAGUCAUUACAUACAACGAAUUCCUGCCAUUGAUUUUGAGUAGGAAAACGGUAGGUUGAUAGCUCGCUUUUAAUGUCUUCUGAUUAAUCUAAUCGAAACAGGUGCUGUGUCCUAAAGCCUUAGUCAAGGGCUAUUUUUCACGUGCGACACAAGCAAAAACAUAUUAAGACAUAUAGGCAUCUACUUAACUAGAAAUCCGGUGCAAUUCCAGUAAAGUGUAAGCGUCUUGCUUUGUAUUUAUGCUUACGUUAUGGCGGUUACACUUUUCAAAAUGCAUAAUAACAGCACAAGCAAGUUUUCUUUUAAACUAAUCCAUAUAGCUUAGUGUAUGUUCCACUUUAAAUACAGUAUUGUGUACAGUACAUUAUUUGGCGCCGUAUUUGUUACGCCCUGAUACUAAUUAAUAUGCGUUUGGUCUGGGUUAUAAUUUCACCUUAUACUAAUGACCUAAAAGUACUGAGCAUCGGUGUAUUUCUAUAUGCAUAAAACUUUGUAAACCAGCUCAAGGUUUAUCGGUGUGGGUUUGCCAAUCAGCUUGUCAGAACGGCUGAUCCUAUUAAUGUAAACAAUCUCAAAUUUAAGCCCACCUUAAGUUCUGAAUCGUAGACCUUGAAUUGCUGGUCGAACUUAGUGCCUGCUUUAAAACAAGCACUAAGCAGUCUUUAAAGCAGUCUGUUAACCACUAUUUCUGGAACGAUGUCAUACCAUGCGAAUCUGGACUUCCACCUAAGGAAAGUGAAAGUUUCGUAAUUCUCAAACAGUCAUUUUGGUAUACAAUGCUGUAUAAUUUCACAACGGCAGGAGGGAAGUUAUUCAGGAUUACAAGAAAAACCCACGUACCCGGCCUUAAAUUUAGCAACUGAAUAUCAAUUACGUCAUGUUUUGUUAAUUUUACGGAAAGAUUUGUUUUAUUAUUCUUCAUAAUUAUUGUAGAUCAAAGACUUUAAGUCUCGAAAUACUUCCAGGAACGCAAUUAUUCAAGGGAUACUUUGUUUGGAAGCAAUUCAUACUAAGAUGCACACGAAAAAGACCUAUAUUCGACUUGCUCUAAAUUUAAAAAAAUUAAUAUGAUUUCUUAAAUGUAUCCCAAGUCACUAUGUUUUCAGCUGUUUCUCCCGUGCAUUAAAAAGCAACAUUCACGAUGUUCCUUUUUCUCCCUCACUAUUCAGAUCAAAAAGUUUGGCCUCGAGCUCCUUAAAGGAACACAGUUUUUCAAUGGCUACGACAAAAACGUAAAUGCUCAAGUGACAAAUGCCUUUUCUGUCGCUGCAUACCGAUUUGGCCACAGCUUAGUUCAAGAAUGGUUUAAAAGAUUCAGUCAAAUUGGUUUCGAACAUAAAAGAACUGAAUGCGGUUUGAAAACAGAAUUUCGACCCAUCCCAGUGUUGGACUUCAAUAAUCCUCAAUACUUAUACGAGACAGAUCAGGGCGGCGUUGACGCCAUUGUGAGGGGACUAGUGAAAGAUUCGGCAGCGAAAAGUGACGGGUGAGUAAAUAGGAACUGUCUAGUGCCAGAAGAGAGGGUGUUACUAAACCAAGUCCUGUAAUUAAGAGGGCGGGGGGAGUGCUCCGCCUAAGGUCCAAGCCUUAACCCCUCUUAUAUAUCAUAGAAAUGUCCUCCCCCCUUUCGUAUACCUACAGAGGACUACUUGCCUACCUACUACUACUACUACUCCCCAAGUUGAUCGUUAAUGGGGGUCAGGUUCGACUGCAAAUGAACAUACAUUUUAUCUCCCUGGAACAAACGAUGGGCAGAGCAUUUUUUUCUGGUAGAGUAUUUACUUUCUACUAUAGACAAAAACAUAUAUGCUACGAUUGAAAAUUUGUUUCCCUCUCAAAAAAAUUAACGAAACAACUAUGAUCACAAAAAUUAACAACAACAGCAAAAGGACACGCCUCUUGCCUGUAUAUAGUGGAUACCUUUUUUAAAAAAUUCACUACUUUGAUAAGAAUGAGUUGAUGUCAAUACUAGGCGGCUCCUCCAAAACUGGUAAAGGAUUUAAAGGAGCCGAAACCAAUUUUGAUGAUUAAAACAUUUUUGGCAUCUAUGAUGAACAGUUACAACUUAUACUUAUUUCGAACGUAGCAAAUUUGCCGCCUGUCCCCUUUCAACUGUUCAUGUUCUAGGUAAAAUCAAUACAUAAAGAGAUGAUGAGUCUGGUAGGUCUAAUAGAUGUUCAGCUGUCCAGCUGUUCUUGUGAUGUUUUUAGGCAUAAGUUCAGCUGAUUCUCAUCAUUUCCGCAAACGUGUGUAAUUUCUCGCCAUUUUCUUGAGCUAAACUAAAACAGCUGAGCAAAACAACCUCGUCCACAGAUCUUCUCGGUUGUGAUCUUCACAUUGCCCAUAAUACACCUCGUUUACCUCCCACACUUUACCUGCAGAGGAGUGAAUGUUCGUAUUAAAAUUUAAAGCAUGCAGCUCCGCUUUAAGGAUUUGCUAACUUUAUUUGCUUAGCUAAAAUAUUGUGUUAUUUAUACCUACUAGGCGAUUUUCCAGUUCUGUACAAGAAAACCUACGUCGUGGUGAGGGUGAUUUAUCUGACUUAGUCAGCAUUAACAUCCAAAGAGGGCGUGAACGUGGACUUCCGGGGUACACUAAGUAUCGUAACCUUCAGUUAUGUGGCCUGAGCAAUGUAAAAAGUUUCGAGGAUUUGAAGAACGUCGCUGGCUUUCAACAAGAGGACGUGGAAAAUUUGAGAAAGGUCUACGAUAACGUUCAUGAUAUUGACUUGUUUGUCGGAGGUAAGCAGUACCCAAGUACAUGUUUGUGUGUGGGAGGGGGGAGGGGGUGGUGUCGGGGGUCGGUAGCCCAGGCGAAGGACAGAUGCUCGUCGAAAAAUUCCAAGAACAUCCCUUAAUUCUUUGUUACCAGAGGUCUCUCACGAUAGGAAAGAAAGAGACCUCUCCAGCCUCUGACUAGGUUCAGUCUCCAGCCUUGGUUGGGUGUCUCGAUGCACCCGUGGUCUCUUCAGUACAUGACGUCAUGAUGUCCACUGAGUAAUUUAUGCAUGACGAUUUUUUCUCAUGAACGCGAACCAUCUCCCUUAGAGACCGCAGAGAGCUUUUUUCGCAUAGCUAGAUUAAACUUGUACUGUUAGAAGACGCAGAUAGAAAGGGAAUACUCAGUUUCCUUUUUGUGGAAAAGGAAAAACUUUCAGCAAGGAAACUUUAACCAAGUUUUCUUCACGCCUUGUCCUGUUUUGAAAUCCAGCCUAGACAGCGAAGUUUGUAAAGAAUUUUCAGGUACAUUUUUCACGUAAUGGCCAAAGAAUUACGCAUUCAGAUGGGAAUUUGUGUAUUUAUAAAUGCUUCGUAGACGUUUUAAACAUUUUGACUUAGUUUGGCUAUAAAGCAAAAUUAGAAAAUGGGCCCCGAUUUGAGACGGAUUUUGUGCUGAAUUUUGCCAUCUGCUCUUUUAUAAAUUUGCGUGAUCGGAUCAGUGUCCCACUAAUUGCUUUAAAGAAAUUUACUUACCCUUCAAUCCAAUUUUUCUCAUAGAACAAUAAUUAAAUUAGGAGUUAUAAGCAACCUGUGAAAAAGAAACAUAAGCCUACAUACUUCGUAUAAACAACAUGGAGAUAAAAGAAGCUUAUGAAAGAUUCGUCGUUAAUAGGGAAUAAAUACACACAAGUAAAUAAAAUACGUCCUACAAGGAAAAAGAAUGUUUUAAUUAUGACUUAGGCAGAGCUGGAAGAGCCAAAAUUUAACUUUGUUUACAAGCAAAACUUUGCAGGCUGUAACUUCAUUUUCGCGAAGAACAAGCAAGCUUAUAAACAAUUACUGGAUGAAGUUUUUGUGAUAUCCGGAAUAAUCAAGCUCGAGGUAAGUGUUAUCAGCCGAGCCGAAGGCCAAGACUGAUGUUUCGAACAUUAACGCGCAUCAAAUCUUAAAACUUUAAGCAUAUACAAUUUUUACUUUCUGGUUCUUUUUUAGACAGUUUUUCGAUACGCAGCUAAUUAAUUUCAUUUGAAAGUAUGUCAGUACUAUUUAUUCUAAAUUGAUAAUAAGUUAAUUUUUAAGGCUUGUCUGCCCUCAAGCUCAAGUAAAUUUUCUACGCAAAUGGGUAGUACGGAAGUACUGAGAGGUACCGUUUUAUGAAAUGACUCCGACUUCACAAAGGAGCGCAAAUUGAGAUGAAUGAAACUAUUUCUAAACUUCAUUUACAUAAUUGUCUUUCACCGAGGUUAGCUGCGUUUAUACCUUUGUUGUUUAGAUAAUUUACUAGGUGUUUCUUCACGCAAGGAGAGAGGUGGAAAGACUACCAUGGUAAUAGGCUCUGCCGUUUGUUUUCUUUCCAUAUUCAAAAUCCAUUAUCAUGCAAGCUAAAAGACUGAAAACUUAAAGAUAGGAAAUUUAUUUCGAGCCAGAAUAGGUUCCUUCAAAGCCAGACUCUCUUUUUCCUUGAAAUUAUCAAGAACAAACUCCUCACGAUCAAGGCCGAACAAGCAACCAUUUUCGAUCUUGCAUCGCCCUCCACCUUUGUUUACCUAUAAUAGCUUCUCACUUUCACGCUAAUAAAUUUAUGCAAUCGUAAAAAAUUACCAAUCAGAAGCCAGCUCGCAAAAUUCUGCGGCGGGAGUACCGCGGGCGCAUCGAGAUACCCAAGGCUGGAGACUGAGCGUAGCCUCCGACACGUUCUUUCAUGGAGCCGCCGAUUACAUUUGCGUUCAAAACUUACUGGUUUUCAAAACCGGUUUCGUUUAAGGUGGAAUGCGUGUGCCCUGUUGAGAUUGCACGCUGGAAAUUUUGGAGUCCGCAAUUGCUAUCAUGCAAAGCGGUUCCGGAAGUUGUGUCGCACAUGACUAAAACGUUACUGGUUGUCAAGGAAACUUCAGUCAGCAUGCGUGAUAGAAAACGCAUCGGAGGCCGGCAGAGGUCUCUCUCUUUUCUCUCCUUCUAAUCUCUAGCUAUUAGAGACCUCUACUUGGAUCAGUUUUAGCUCCUUUAAAGGAUAUGGCGAAAUCAGUUUUGAAGGUUAUUUGACACACAUUGGCAUAUUUUUUAUAGUUCUAGUUGUUGAAACUAUUUUUCACUAAUUGUUAGAUAUUGUUUCACAGGUUAAGUAAAGUCAUUCUACACAAGUUGAUCUAUUUAUUUAAUUUUAUUUGGGAGCCAAGCAACCUCGACGCCAAAUGAGUCUUGGAAAGUGAAUUCGAGCUGUUUGAAACUACAGGGGCACCCAACGGGAAAUUUUGAGAAAAAGACCUAAAAACAACAACAAAGCGUGCCAAAGUUUUCUGAGACUAUUUUAAGCAUUUUGGGAGAUUGCUGGAAAAAAAUUAUCUGUUCCUAACUCCCAGCAAGACUGAUGGAAGAGUUCCCAGCCAGCAACCUUACAACCCGCAACCUGACUCACUGGGAAGUUUCAUAGGGCACAAUUCAGAUCUUGAGUGGUAAGCAACCCAUACAAGUAACCCGUAGCAGCUAUUCUAGUCUUCAAAUCCCCUCUGACACCCUGAAUUAUCUUUUUUCCCAGCAACACUUUCCUUCCAAGGACUAUUAUUUCUUCCACAUCUCCCAGCCAGCAAAAAUUUGCAUGAAGAACAGAUAUUUUGAGGAACAGAUCCAUUGGGUGCCCCUGAAACUACAUCACUUUUAUUCCAUGUCAUUCAAUCCGUUACAUAUUGGCGAACUUUCUGGCGUUAAAUUCUAAAGAAUUAAGGUCACACAGAAAAAGCGAUAAUCGUUGUCAAUUUUGACUACAUUCUUCACAAAACGUGAAGUUAGGAAGUAUCACGUUGUAGUCGGCAAGGACGGCAAGGACGGCGGAAAUGCACUUGCAAAGUACGCUGUUGUUUUGCUAAUCUAAAGGCUUGCUGUUCUCGUUAAUAGGUCUUCACGUGAUCAACGUUUUGUAAACACGAAAACAGUUCACCUCUGGAAUAAUUUGUUACCUGGAACUGAAAGAGCAUAUUAAAAUUAGGUAACCUAUGAAUUUUCAGCCGUAUAUCUCAAAAGUAGCGACUGCAAGAGCCCCCGAAAAUUAGAAGGAUUUGUAUGGAAAAACUGAACAACUCUUGCCCCAGUCUUUACUUACAAAUCCUUGUAAAUUUCGAAAUUUUCAAACUGCAUUACGAGGCUCAAAUUUCCUUUUUUUUCACAGCAGGCCAUUAAGAGAAUGUCUCUGUAAGAGCGGUCGAGUUGAUUUUGCUUGAGACACAGGUUUAGCUCAUUUCUUGUGUGUUGUAAGACAUUCAUGUACCUAUACUAAAACCACAAUCCGUUUGAUCGGAUCUAAAUAUUUUUCAGAGUUUUACGGAAAUUAAAUUUCACUUGAGCGAAGGCUUCUCGUGACACUUUUCAAGACUUUAAUUUGAGACAACUUUGGAGGACAAUUUACAAAAAACUACGGGACUCAGCAAAAACCAAAUACCACAGCCAUGUAUAUUAACUCUAUCUUAUCCAUCGAGGCGACUUUCGUGAACAUAACGUUUCAAUCAAGCAAACAGGAAGACUUGAAUGACACCUUAUCGGUUCGCUUAACUCACACACGCGAAAACCGAUCAAAUUCAAGGUAAAUUUUUGAAAAAGUGAGGCGUUCUUAACUGAUCCAACUAAUAGAGCUAGGAAGUAGGUGCCAUAGAAAAGGUAACUACCGAAAAAGACUUUGCGGCCCGACCUUAACUAAAACUUUAUAACUCCGUGAACUUACCUAAUUUUCGGCAAUCUCCAAGUUUGGCUGCCAUUUUGAGGGACUUGUCAACAUGAAGCGUAGCAGAUAUAAAUCGAGCAGGUAGAUCUAAAAGCCUCAGAAAUACAUACGAAAGCAUUCAAAUGAAAUUCACUUUCAAUUCAAGGAGCAAAAUUUGAAAUUUUUCGUUAAACCUACUAUUCCUACAUCCCCAUGAGACCAUUUCUUCCAACAAUUCAAACACUACAACUAGUGUUCGAAUUCCCUCGUCGAUUCCACCGUAAGAAAUAACCUGUGCCACCCAAGCUUCGACUCGAAUGUGAAGUGCGAAUCAAAGAACAUAACUACUUCAUCUUCGAGGCAAUAUCACGCUGGUAUUUUGAUUUUCUGAUCGACAAGAACAGUGAUCAGGAAGUGAGUGUUUACCUCAUAAAGGUGACCGCUGACCAGCCGCUGAGUGAAAACAGUACGGCGCGGGGUGGGGUGGGUGGCGUCCUUAUCGUCAUAAGAUAUUCGAACGCAUGGUAAAAAAGCUUUAAGGACUCUCAGUCUAAACAGUGAAGGCAUGCUUCGUGGUACAGACAACUUUUAUUUUAUUCUCAUAACUUUUUCUUCUAAAUUAGAACUGGUAUUAAUUAAUAGAGUUAUUUAAAUAUUUUUGACCGAGGUACCCAUAAGACCUUUUUGCUUGUCAUCAUUGGUAUAAAAUAAGGUGUCUUUUCUUAAUUAUGCCUUAUUGCAUGGAAUGAACAUUAUACUUAAAAUGUUCUUUCUAAAUCAUUUUUGCUGUUCCCAAGAAUGUAUGCAAAAUCAUGGCUUUAUACAAAACCUGAUUAUAAAAUAUGAUUUUCCCUAACGGUAACCAAUGUCAUUUACGUAAGGUGUUAAUAAAACUAGUAGCAAUGUACAAUUUUCAGCGUUUUACACUUAUAAGCCUGGCAUACAAUUGUCAAGUGAACUAUGUUUAAUUUCAGCUCAUUCCUUGAUUCGAUGUGACCUUUUAUCACUAAACCCUAUUCUUUUCAUUUGCAAUUUUUCUGUACAUUUUUUUCCAUACGACAACGGCAAAGAGUCUUAUAAGUAAACCGACUUUUUGGCGUACCACGCUUAUUUCAUUGUAUAUACAAAUACAUGCAAAAGGCCGGCUAAAUGAGCUCCUCCCCCUGCUCUAAUUUUUUGGUUGCUUUCGCCCCUUGCCCCUGAACGACUCCCUGUUGGCUAAAAGGAAAUUUGAAAGACUGCUAUGCAGGACACCUUUUCUUUUUCAUUUUCAGUUACCCUCUACAUUUUUUUAUAAGUAUGUAAAGAUAUAAAAAACACAAAGGUUUUUAUUUUUGAUAUUAGACUUGUGUGACUAGGUCAAGGAGGAAAAAUUGAACUAUUUUACUGUUUCCAUGAUUAAGGAAAUCUGUACUUUCUUCGAGCUCCCAUUUAAAUCUAGAGAUCUCAAAGCUGUUCUAAUGUCAAUAAUAAAGGAAAUGACCCAUGAUUGCCAGUGCUCAGUGGAAGGAUAAUUGCACCAUCAAGCAGUGACGCAGUGGCCCUUGUUGCUGUCUAUAAUGGGGAGAUUGUAAGUUGGUUAUGACAGUACACUUUUUUUCUGUUUUGCUUUGAAUUUGUGACGUGGUUUUGUCACAAUUUGAACAGACACGCGUCACUCUUACGUAAUAUUUUAACGGGAAACCAAACAGCAUCAUUUUAUUUCCAAGUAGGUAUGUCUCUUCAGCCGUUCUUAGCCACCAUUUUGCCAGAAAUAUGUAUAUAUUUAGAGUGGUACACACAAAAAAAACAGUUUACUUGUAAAAACCUUAUAUCUUUACAUACUUACGAAAUAUUGUAGAGGGCAACUGAAAAUGAAAAAGAAAAGGUGUCCUGCGUAGCAGUCUUUCAAAUUUCCUUUUAGCCGACAGGGGGUCGUGCAGAGGCAUGGGGCGAAAGCAACCAAAAAAUUAGGAGCAGGGGGAGGAGCUCAUUUAGCAGGCCUUUUGCAUGUAUUUGUAUAUACAAUGUAAUACUGAGUGUGGUACACCAAAAACUCAGUUACUUAUAAAACUCUUUGUCGUUUUUGUAUGAAAAAAAUGUACAGGAAAAUUGCAAAUGAAAAGAAUAGGGUUUAGUGAUAAAAGGUCACAUCGAAUAGAGGAGUGAGCUGAAACUAAACAUAGUUCACUUGACAAUUGUAUGUCAGGCUUAUAAGUGGAAAACGUUAAAAAUUGUACAUUGCUAGUUUUAUUAACACCUUACGUAAAUGACAUUGGUUACUGUUGCGGAAAAUCAUAUUUUAUAGUCAGCUUUGUAUAAAGCAAUGAUUUUGCAUACAUUCUUGGGAACAGCAAAAAUGAUUUAGAACAAACCUUUUAAGUAUAGUGUUCAUUCCGUGCAAUAAGGCAUAAAUAAAAGAUUCUGGAAGAAAAGACACCUUAUUUUAUACCAAUGAUGACAAGCAAAAAGGUCUUAUGGGUACCUCGGUUAAAAAUAUUUAAAUAACUCUAUUAAUUAAUGCCAGUUCUAAUUUAAAGGAAAAAGUUAUGAGAAUAAAAUAAAAGUUGUCUGUACCACGAAGCAUGCCUUCACUUUUUAGACUGAGAGUCCUAAAGCUUUUUUAUCAUGUAUUCGAAUAUCUUAUGACGAUAAGGCCGCCACCCACCCCACCCCGCGCCGUACUGUUUUCACUCAGCGGCUGGUCGGCGGUCACCUUUAUGAGGUAAACAUGGCAAUCACUUACUGAUCACUGUUCUUGUCGAUCAGAAAAUCAAAAUACCAGCGUGAUAUUGUCUCGAAGAUGAAGUAGUUAUGUUCUUUGAUUCGCACUCCACAUUCGAGUCGAAGCUUGGGUGGCACAGGUUAUUUCUUACGGUGGAAUCGACGAGGGAAUUCGAACACUAGUUGUAGUGUUUGAAUUGUUGGAAGAAAUGGUCUCAUGGGGAUGUAGGAAUAGUAGGUUUAACGAAAAAUUUCAAAUUUUGCCCCUUGAAUUGAAAGAGAAGUUCAUUUCAAUGCUUUCGUAUGUAUUUCUGAGGGUUUUAGAUCUACCUGCUCGAUUUAUAUCUGCUACGCUUCAUGUUGACAAGUCCCUCAAAAUGGCGGCAAAACUUGGAGAUUGCCGAAAAUUAGGUAAGUUCACGGAGUUAUAAAGUUUUAGUUAAGGUCGGGCCGCAAAGUUUUUUUCUGUAGUUACCUUUUCUAUGGCACCUACUUCCUAGCUCUAUUAGUUGGAUCAGUUAAGAACGCCUCACUUUUUCAGAAAUUUACCUUGAAUUUGAUGGGUUUUCGCACGUGUGUGACUUAAUCUAACCGAUAAGGUGUCAUUCAAGUCUCCCUGUUUGCUUGAUUGAAACGAGAUGUUCACGAAAGUCGCCUCGAUGGAUAAGGUAGAGUCUCAUGGCUGUCAGGUAUUUGGUUUUUGCUGAGUCCCGUAGUUUUUUGUAAAUUGUCCUCCAAAGUUGUCUCAAAUUGAAGUCUUGAAAAGUAUCACGACAAGCCUUCGCUCGAGUGAAAUUUAAUUUCUGUAAAACUCUGAAAAAUAUAGAGAUCCGAUCAAACGGAUUGUGGUUUUAGUAUAGGUACAUGAAUGUCUUACAACACACAAGAAAUGAGCUAAAUCUGUGUCUCAAGCAAAAUCGACCGGACCGCUCUUACGGAGACACUCUCUUAAUCCGUUAAAUGUGGAAGGAAAAGAUUUAACGACAGUUUAAGAAUUUCCAAAUUUACAAGACCUCGUAGGAAAACCACUCAACCGUGACUGGGUGGCAAGAGUUGUUUUCUUUUUUUUUUUUUCAUACAAAUCCUUCUUAUUUUCAGCGGCCGUUGUAAUCGCUACUUUUAAGAAAUACGGCUGAAAUUUUAUAGUUUACCUAAUUUUAAUAUGGUCCUUAAGCUCCUGUUAAUAAAAUCUUCCAAAAGCGAACUGUUUUCGUAUUUACAGAAAGUUUAUCACGUGAUCAACUAUUGCAAUGGGCUACGUUUGCACUAAACCAGAUAGCUCUUUGUGCCGACAGGAAACGCUAAGAUCUGCGCAGUGCAGUUUCGCUCCGUUACAGAAAUCGCGCGGAAAUUAUCGUUAUUAUAUUAUAAUUAUAUGGGAUUGGUGGAAUUUGCAACCAAAAAAUGUUUUGCUUUUUUCUUCACAGGAAUGCUUGAACCAAGACCGAGUGACGGAGGGGUACUGGGACCAACUUUUCAGUGCAUUGUAGCGGAGCAGUUCCGCCGCCUCAGAGUUGGAGAUCGAUUCUGGCACGAAAAUGCCCCAAACCCAAGCUUGAACACCGAUCGAACGGCGUACAACGGUGCAAUGCUACGGGAAAUCAGGAAAACAACCUUUGCCAGGAUACUCUGCGACAAUGCUGAUAGCAUCACGGCUGUCAACAAGAUGGUGUUUCAGCAAUCCAAGGAAAGAGUGAAUUGCGACCAACUACCGACGGUCAGUUUAACUCCAUGGAUAACUCCUCAUAGGGACUCGGGGUAAGUUUUUGGUGGAUAUUGGGGUCUUGUUUAUAGUGAAAGUGCACUUACCUGUUCUAGCUGGUUUUAAGGCACUCCAAGCCAGAUUGCGAAUGCAAUUCGACACGCCAACCACUCGACUUGUUUUGUUUUUUGUACAUUCAUUUCAUUUAAAAUACUAGUAAAGAUAGUGAUGCUGUUGAUGAAACAACGACGAAAAUGAUGAUGAUAUCAAAGAGACCGUUAAUUUACUAAUCAAGAUUAGAAGUGUAUUUUGCGAGUUCAUUGUUAUUAUGAUUCUUGUUUUAAGCUUGAUGUUUAAUUUUGUGUUUGGAUUCAAUAAAAAUUUGAAUCUCAAAAUAUAAACUAGAAUGAUGAUGAUGAUGAUGAUGAUGAUGAUAAAAAUACAUAAAAAAAACUACAAAACAACGCUAUCAGGAACUACCAGGAUUUUGAGCAAGGUUCAUCGUUUCUAGGUAACUAAGAGAAACAAGAGAGUGUCCCCAUGGGACCUUUGUCAUUUGUUAUGACUCGCUCUCCUGGGAUGUAUUCAAAGUAGACAGACUGCAAAUUAUAGUACUUGCUAAAAAAUAUAUCUACGUGUCCCAACUGUUCAUCAGUAGGAUGCCUAAAAUGCGUGCAAUUCCACAAUUGGUUUCGGCUCCAUUAAAUCCUAUACGAAUUGCAGAACAAUUUAGGAGGAGCCACCCACCGUGUCGGCAUGAGAACAGAAUAAUUCUAUACUGAUGUUGAUGAUGAUGAGGAUGAUGAGAAGGAGGAGGAUGAACACGAUGAUGCCGAGGAUGAUGAUGAUGAUAAGAGAUGAUGAUAAUAAAAAUAAUUUGUAUUUUCAAAACUGAAAAAAUUAUAUACAGAAUACUUCUUACUAUAUUUUUUAUCUUCCUUUCAGUACCUCAACGCAAAUGUCAUUUUUGUCCUUGAGUAAAUAAUAUUAAAUAAUCCUUAUCAUAAUCAUAACUGUCUUAUUUUUUUUUACCUUAUAGAGUACCUGACGAUGUUGACGAUGAUCUCCUCGAUGAUGACGACCCUGAGUUUUGAGUAUCCUUUCAUCAGUAAAGAACACUCACAUCCUGGAAAAUUCUCGACGCUUUGCUGGAAUCGUAGAUUAGACAAACGACUAUCAUAAAAAUUGCCUUGCUAUAUUAAUCGUAAAGAGAGAAUGCAAU